ACAAUUUGGGGCGGAGUAAUUCUACGUCCCUCCCACUCAGGCCAGUGGAGUGGAGGAGAAUUAAUUCCUAAAGGGCUGGCUCUGGCUCCUCCGACAGAGCUCAAAGACGUAGCUAGGAGGCAUUUGUGUGCGUCUCAGGGAAAGAGAGAGACAGAGAGAGAGAGAGAGAGAGAGAGAGCGAGAGAGAAAGAAAGAGAGGGAGAAAGCUGGCUAAAUGAGUGUAGACCUCUCUAGCUGAUCCGGGAGGUUGUUUUGCCACUUAGCCCGUCAUGUGAUUGCCCUGGGCUUGUUAUCCUUCGGUUUUUCUUUUUUUUGUUAACUUGAUCUUCAGAAGCAGUCUACCUACCACCGCAGAGAAGCCAAGUAGGCUAGGACUUGUAAUCAAAUACCGCUGGUGCGUUUUUUAGUAGGGUAGGCUAGGGCUUCUGCGUUCCAAAAGGGUGGUGGACCCGAACACAAGCUUCCUGUGGAGACUCACUACCAUCUAGCAAAGGCAACAGCGGAACACCUUAAUACUUGUUGGAGACGUCCAGAGAAGGAGUGCCUCUCGCUACACCUGGGUCGUUGCAGCUGGGUCUUCUUUUCAGUCCUUCUACAAAGAAGAGGAUUUCAAGGAAUAUAAUAUAUGCCACAGAUUAAAAAGGUCUCAAAUGCUCGGUUAACAAUGGGAUCUACGAACCACUGAAGAGCCUCUGACAAAAGAACAGGGGACACGGGAGGAGAAAAGGAGAGGGGACUCUCAGAGAGAGAGAGAGAGAGAGAAGGGGCCCCUAUUGAAAAGAAAAGCGUAGGUUGGGUCGGGUAGGAUCAGCUUUGUGUCUGUCGGUGUGUGGUUUGGUUGCAUGCUGUCCUCUCCAGGGGACAUCCUCCUUUGUGUGAGAGAUAGUUAACAAAAGACAAAGAAUGGCUAAUAAACAGAGAGGAGAGUGUCGAGCGGCGGAGGAGGCGGCUGGGACUGGGAUGCCUGGUCUGGGGAGCUUAGCUGUGGGUUGCAGGGCUAGUGUGUUGCUGCUACUGGCUCUCAUGAUAACUCUGGCUCAAGGGGCCUGGCCACUGGAUCAAUCCCAGGGACAGGUGGAGGUGCUGGGGGACAUGAUGGUGGACGGACCCGGGGAGCUGGAAGCCUCCAUGCACUCCUCCAUACUGUCAGACUUCCAGGUGGUGGAGGCAGCUGUGGAGGCCUUGGAGCCGGUGGCAGAUGCUGUUCAGCAGUCUGCAGUAGGAGCAGGGGGAGUGUCAGGAUUCCCAGACUCGUCUGCUGUGGUGGGCCGGGUGUUCCAGAUGAAGGUUCCGGUGAAGACGGACUAUACCAGGAACAUGGUGAAGAUAACUGAGUCAGGCAAGGAGACGCUACCGACAUGGCUGCACUGGGACUGGAAGAGAAACAUCCUACAGGGUCUACCACUGGGGGAGGACAAGGGUGUCCACUAUAUCUCCGUCUCCACAUCCAACGGCAGCCAGGAUAUCUUCUCUGUCGAGGUUCACCCAGAAGAGCACGCUGACACCGACCCGAUCCAGGUAGCCAUCCAGUCAGCGUCCAACAACUCCAACAACGAGGUACAGCCAUUCGUCUGUGGCAACGAGGAGCCGGUGACGGUCCUCACAGUGAUUCUGGAUGCCGACCUGACCAAGAUGAGCUCCAGACAGAGGGUGGAGCUGCUGGGCAAGAUGAAGAAGUUCUCUGGCGUGGCGCUCCAGCACAUGAAGAUACUUCCCGUGGUCAACAACAGAUUGUUCGAUAUGUCCGCCUUCAUGGCCGGACCAGGAAAUGCCAAAAAGGUGGUGGAGAACGGAGCCCUGUUAUCCUGGAAGCUGGGCUGUUCCCUGGACCAGAGUAACGUCCCUAAUAUUAGUAGCGUCCAGGCGCCGGCUAAAGAGGGCACUAUGUCGGCUCAGUUGGGAUAUCCGGUCGUCGGUUGGCACAUCGCCAACAAGAAGCCUCAUAUCCCAAAACGGGUGAGGCGCCAGCUCAACAAUACCCCUACUCCUGUUCUAGCUUUGCUUCCCCCAACGUCUGUCGUCGAGCCCCCUGUUCGCAUUGUACCCACCCUAUCGUCACCUGCCAUUGCUGCCCCCACAGACAGCUCUGCCCCACCCAUGAGAGGGCCUGUGCCCUUGCCCAUGAAGCCCACGAUCCGUGUCAGAGACUCUUAUUCCCACACUCCUACUCAGGGUGCACCCCUGCCAACCAGAGUGAUGGAGUCCACUAGUACCAUCUCCAUUGAACCCACCAUGACCAGGCAUACCGUUGUGGAAGCUACGCCGACACUCCCUCCACCCACCACAGUCGCCACCAGAAAGCCAACCAAGAAACCAAAGAGACCGAAGACUACUCCGAUUCCAAGGGAGCCCAAGACCACAACAGCCAAACCAGCCAGGCGCACCACCCCUUCGUCCAUCGUGCCUGACCCAAGAAACGAGAAACCAGAUCUCCGCAACCCCAUCGAUCAGGUCAAUGCCUUCGUGGGCACAUAUUUUGAAGUGAAAAUCCCAUCCGAUACUUUCUUUGACAAAGAGGACGGUACGACAGACAAGCUGAGGUUGACAUUGAGGAUGAACCACAACGAAGUGGUCGGAGAUGAUUCCUGGAUACAGUUUAAUAGCACAAGUCAGCUGCUGUACGGUCUACCUGACUCGAACCACAUCGGGAAGCACGAGUACUUCAUGCAGGCCACCGAUAAGGGCGGUCUGAACGCGAUCGACGCCUUUGAGGUCCGUGUGAACCGCUGGGCUUCCAACGAUAAGUCCCCGGUUUUGUUCCAGGCUCGCUUCCACGGGGAACCUCACCAGGUGACCAACGACAUCCACAAGAAGAUUUUGCUCAUCAAGAAACUGGCAUACUCUUUCGGGGACCGCAACAGCAGCACAGUCACCCUGAGGAACAUCACCAAGGGAUCCAUCAUGGUGGCGUGGACCAACAACAGCCUUCAACAGAACCCCUGUCCCAAGGAGCAGAUCCAGACCAUGUCCAGGAGGAUCUCUGACGCCCAGGGAAGGCCCUCCCAGACAUUCAUCUCCACCAUGGAACCUGAAUUCAAACCCAUCGACAUCAAGAUCAAAGGGACAGCUGCCUGCCGGAACUACAUGUUCGUGCCGCCAAGUGAAAUCACCAUUCCUAUACCCCCGGCCGUCACCCCGACGCUCGGCGCCGGACGCCAGAGCACGGACGACGUCUACCUCCACACGGUCAUCCCUGCAGUGGUGGUGGCAGCCAUAUUGCUGAUCGCCGGCAUCAUCGCCAUGAUCUGCUACCGUAAGAAGCGCAAGGGCAAGCUGACCAUCGAGGACCAGGCUACCUUCAUUAAGAAGGGGGUGCCCAUAAUCUUUGCAGACGAGCUUGACGACUCCAAGCCCCCUCCGUCCUCCUCCAUGCCCCUCAUCCUGCAGGAGGAGAAACCCCCACUGCCUCCGCCAGAGUACCCCAACAUGGCCAGUCCAGAGACCACACCCCUGAACCAGGACCUUCUGGGGGAGUACACAGCUCUGAGGGAUGAGGAUCCCAAUGCCCCUCCCUACCAGCCUCCACCCCCUUUCACUGUCCCCAUGGAAGGUAAAGGAUCUCGUCCAAAGAACAUGACCCCCUACAGAUCCCCACCACCUUACGUGCCACCCUAAGGUUAGCUGGCUCCUCCAGAGGAGGAGAGGGGAAGCAGGGGGGACUUGUAACCGUCUCACACCAGUGUUGUCUGUUUGGGAGUAAGGGGUGGGAGGAGGAGGGUAGAGGCUCUGCAAAGUGGUAAUGAACUUCGGACAUUUUGGGUUGGGAGGGUUUUGUGCUGAUCUGAUCAAGGCUGAGUUAAGGUUGAACGAUGGGAGGGAGGGAGAACUAGGUGGUAGCCUCGGCAACAGUAGCCACAACAAUGACACUAUUUAGUCUCUCGUCGUCUCAUUGGCUACAGCUGAACAGCUAGAUUGAGAAGACACGCCCCCUCCUGUCCCAGCAACUUUUUCUCCAUUUGAAACUAAAUGGCCUUUUUGUUUUAUUUUGUGUCUUUGGUUCUGGUUUUCUUCUGUUUUUGACUUGACUUUAAGAUCAAACUACUUGCCUUUUUAAUCUUCUUUUAUCUUGAAUAAUACAAGAGGACAAUAAACAAACACACUGCGGGCAAAAAGGUUUUUAAUGAUGAGAUAGAGAGUUCUAUGAAUGAAAACCAACAUAAUCAUGUUGAUCUGGGACAACCCUGCAGACAGCUGAACACAAUGGCUGAUCGAUGUGGAGGUGGCUGUUUGGAUUCAAUAAGGUUUGCCUUUUAACACUAAUUGUAUAUUUUUACCCUUAUUCACACAAUGUCUCGUCAAGAUGAGCAUAACAAAGGUAGCCUAAAAGAAUAAUUAGAAAUUAGUAUAAAAAAAGUUAUUUUCUGUUUUUUUUUUCUAAACUUUAUAUCUUUUAAGGUUAGAUUAGAUAGAUAGAUAGAUAGAUAGAUAGAUAGAUAGAUAGAUAGAUAGAUAGAUAGAUAGAUAGAUAGAUAGAUAGAUAGAUAGAUAGAUAGAUAGAUAGAUAGAUAGAUAGAUAGAUAGGAUUGUUUUGGUGGCGGUGGAGCAGAUCUCCUGACUGAAAUAGCCUGCAGGAUCUCAUUUUCCCCCGAUCAGAAAGGAACGGUACACUUAGUAGGUAGGCCUAGUCAGGGUUAGUGAACGUUAACAUGGAAGGCAAUGACAACCAGAUGGUUACCCUGGCCUUGUUAUUACCAGAUGGUUAGCCUGGCCUGGUUAUUACCAGAUGGUUACCCUGGCCUGGUUAUUACCAGAUGGUUACCCUGGCCUGGUUAUUACCAGAUGGUUACCCUGGCCUGGUUAUUACCAGAUGGUUACCCUGGCCUGGUUAUUACCAGAUGGUUACCCUGGCCGGGUUAUUACCAGAUGGUUACCCUGGCCGGGUUAUUACCAGAUGGGUACCCUGGCCUGGUUAUUAUUAUUAGAUCUCUUGUUUUUACUUUGCCUGAGUUUCCCAAAGCCACCCAAAAUCAUUCAAGAGAGAAAUAUAACACAAUACAAUGCCCCUUUUUUACUAUUCUUGUUUAAAAUGGGUUAAAAUGAGUAUCAUAAUCCGAAUAUGAUCAUAACAUUGACAAUUUGAAUGCCAUUUUGCCUUUAUGGUGAUGCGACAAGUGUCUUCUGUAAAUAACGAUGGAUCGGCCUGUGUGUAUUUUUAGUCCAAAAAAAACGUUUUGUGGAAAUCAGAUGUGGAAAAAAGCCUCCUGCAGUUUAUUUUAGACAAGGGGGUCAUUAUUUUUUUAUGUAGUGAUGAUGCUCUUGUUUUCACAGGAAACAGUUUAGGGCUGUUGAGAGUGAUUGAGAAUGUCCUGAAAGGGAUACAGCAUGUAUUCACAACUCAAAGGUCAUUGUUGAGAGGAGGGUAGGAGAGUUAGAGGGAGAGAAAGAAAGAAAUGGGAAUAUCCCAAUUACAAGAUUACCAGAAAACACAGAAAAAAAUGGUUAAUAAAAUCUCUAUCUAAUUUUUUUACACACCGUUUUUGAUACAGCAUCAAAUUGUUUAAAAAAAAAUCUAUAAAUACAUGAAUAGUGUACUGCAAUUUGUAAAAUCUUAGAGUAGAGAAUUGAUUCCUUAUUAUAUACCUUUUCUCAUUGGUCACCUAUUUCAAGGGAUUAUUUUAAAUUUUUUGCCAUAUUGUCGAAUUGAAAUGUGCCUCCUGUUAUACAGUCGGAAUGACCUGUUUUAUUUAAUGUUCAAAUUCUUCUUCACUGACGACUUUGAAAGUGACCCUUUGCAAUAAUGUAAGGUGCUGCCUGGUGGUGGUGGUGAGUGGUCAAUGCAGGUUAGAUGAGUGAUGAUGUACUACACGCAUAAUGAUGAUGAUGAUGUACACGCAUAAUGAUGAUGAUGAUGAUGAUGUACACGCAUAAUGAUGAUGAUGAUGAUGUGCACGCAUAAUGAUGACGAUGUACCUACAUAGUUUGUUUUUGUCAGAAACCAAGUGUUGCUUUUUGAGUGUCCAUUUAUUAUGGAAGCCGACCUCCGUCUAUCUAUAUCCAGAUAAUACUUCUUCACACGUUUGAAAUUCUAAUCCAACAAGUCCCAAUAGUAUUGGAAUGAAUGAAUCAUCUAUAUAUAUAUAUAUAUAUAUAUAUAUAUAUAUAUAUAACAGAGUGGAUUAUGAUGGUAUAUCUUGCUUGGUAUGUUGCCGUACAUUAUAAUAUAGAGAUUUAUUUUUUAUUGAUGAGUUUGGGUUAUAAUUGGUUUUCUAAUGCUUCCCCAUAUUGAUGAGUCAAUAUGUCUACGUCCAUAGAGGUUUCAUUAAGACGUGUUAUCCAUCUAUCUAAUCAUGUCAGCCAUUUUGACACCCCUUGAUUCCUGUCACAAUAACUGGUUCAUAAUUCUGUCUCCUUGAACUAAAACUGGUGUUAUUAAUCUUGACUAGAAUCGUUCAAAAAAAAAAGUUAACAUGUUGGUAGAUCUCCUUUCAGUUCAAUGUUUCCAUCACACUCACCGCCAUGAAAUACAGAUAAGGUUUAUGAGUUAUAUGUAAAAUAACUUGCUGACCCCCCCCC